AUGUCUUGUCUAAUGUAUAGUCAUAAUUACAAUUUAACUUCUGGUCUUUUUUAUCAAUAUAAUAAUAAUACUUUUGCCUCACAUUCUCAACUAUCAAUAUAUUUGGCUAAUAAAUUUACUAACAAUGAAGUUAUUAAUAAUGAAUCUAAAAAAAUAAAGCUUAAUAAUAAAAAAGAGUUUACUCAGUUUUUUUUUGACUUUUAUAAGCUUUCUGGAGCUCAACCUAAGGACAAAUAA